UUCUCUUCUCUGAGGAUGGAAAUAUCCUUUCUUUGGGGGGAAGGGCAUCAGCAUUAGCUGAGUGUGUAUCUGGUGUCAGGUCCUGUCUUGGUUCUGUUUUUUUUUUUUUUUUCACUUUGUCAGACUUCAGCGUGAGACAUAUAGUGUUUAUAAAUGUGAGUAUAGGAGCAUUAAGAUACUAAGAGCAUAUAGCUAUCAAAUGAUGUCACCAGGGUCUGCACAAUUUGCUGACUUCAAAUUCUACCCCUGUUUUCACUGAACUACCCUGCCCCCUUGAGUUUGACUCACUCCCCAGGGGACUGGGCUGUGCUCUUUUAUUGGAAGACUUCACACAGCAUGUUUGGUCCAGUCUCUGGAAGCAUGCCUUUUCCUGCCAGACAUUUCACUCACAGUGAAAGUCAUCCACAGCUAUUACACGCUCAAUCUACUGCUGAGUGGUCUGGGGAAAGCAAAUAGAAUUAUAAACUGCGGUGCUUGUCUUCACGAGCAUGUGCUGUGUGUGGGGAAAAGUGUGUGCAUUAAUAGUAAUCGUUUAUUAAACUUGAGUUGAAGACAUGAGAAAACGUGUUACAUAACAGCUCAGUAAGUACCAUGUCACUGCCAGAAAUCCUGGGUGUUCUUUAAGAGGUAAACGUUCCUAAGCAACAUUCCCCUAGACCGCCUGAAAGGAGAAUUUCACUCCUUUUUCAUCUCUUUGGUCUUUGUACAACCCAAAGAUCCAUUGCAUUUAUUGUGAAGCGUUUCUCUGCAUACUUGAUGUGAGCGUCACUAAGGCAGACGGGAUGGGCUGCUCGUCUUGUGUUCUGCUUGCUUUGCUCCCUUUAUCGUCGUACCUGCGUUUUAAUUGGUACAGUGAAUUGUUGAAUUACCAUGUAGGCUUUUAAAAAAAGCUUGUCAUUUGUCUGCACAAAACCCCUUCUAGAAAGCUACCUCAAGACUGACACUUAGUGUCAUAGAAAGUUUGAAAAGGAAGGGGUUAGCCAGCCACCAGGGUAGCCCCUCUUAACUCUCUGCCUUGGUGCCAUCAUCUUACAGAGGAGAGCUCUAAUUCUGAGGGAGCAGAAGGGAAGUACCAUGUAUUUUAUUGCAGAGAACAGCAAAGUCAGAAGUCAACCCCAUGUUUUCUAACUUCAUGCUGUUUCUUCUCUGUAACUAAACAGGUCAUCACACCAGGAGUUAUUUGAAUAAAAUAUCAGGCUGGUUUUUUUUUUUAUUAGAUGAUUAAAAAAAAAAGUAUAGUUGAUUUACAGUGUUUCAGGCAUACAGGCUGGAUUUUAAGGGGGGAAAAAAAAAACGAACUAAUUCUUAACAGCACCACCAGCAAGACCAUCUUUUUGGUUGGCAAAAACCAUCCUCACAUCCACAUCCAUAGAAAGGUACCAUGAGUUCUUAUAAAAAUCAGUUUGUUUAGAGGACAGUAAGCUGCCUCAAAGUAUUGAAAGCAUAAUAGCUUUGUGCCUUGAAUAUAAUUGAGAACUUCAGCAAAGAUGAACGUAAGUAAGAACCUGUGCUCUUUUUUUUUCCUUCUGUCUCUUCCCUAAUGAUUAUGCACUGUGAUGAAGUUGGGGAUUGCCAGAACAACGACAUUUUGAGAUCCUGGCAUAUGUUAAUCAUUUUUUGAAUUUAAAGAAAGGACUUCAUUCCAUCAGUGCUUACUCUUUUCUGUAUACCAGACAUUGUCCUUGAGUCUGCUGAAAGGAACCAGUAGCAUUCAAGGAUGCCUCUGUGGACUUCACCAGGAAAGAGUGGGGUUGCUGGACUCUGUUGAGAGGAAGCCGCGCAGAGCAGUGAUGCUGGAGAACUACAGCCGCUUGGCCCCAGUGGUCUUCUGUUCACAGCAUGACACUGGAGUGCCCCGCCCUCAGCUGAUGCUCAGCCCUUCCUUGGUGCGUGUAUAUUCAGCUUACAGGGGACACCUCUGCUGACUGGGCUUGCCAUGAAUCUAAUAAGAAUCCAGAUGGAGACUUGAAUGAAAAUUUUGUGGAAAAUGAAGAUAAAGUCCUUACGUUAUCUAUUACCUCAAGAGCUUUCCUGCUGGCAAAUUUUGGAAGAGGUGGCUUAGUACAGUAACGAGGAGUCAGAAUUAAAUUGUGAAUAUUCACAGGGAGGUGUUCCUGAACUGGAUGUUUCUACUUGUCAGAAGUGGAGAAAAGUAUCUUCUCAUAUUUCCAGGAACCACAAGCAGUGUGGUGACUCUUCAGAGGGAUAAUUUAAAAAAACAUGGAGAGUGAAGAAUAUUCAUCUUUGAAAGUCCCAAUCCAGAUGGCCACCCAGGACUCCUCAUUCUGUAAGAAUGAGCCCCAGGAUCCUCAGGAAAGCAAAAGUCUAACUGAAGAAAGCACUGAGAGGAAACUGACAGGGGGAAGAAGUCCUCCCGUUGAGCAUUGUUCAGAGAGCCUUCACGGUAGACUCGUGGCUGACGUAAAAGAGGUGGUCUCGCCACCGUUCAGAGCAGAGACAGUCUGGCAUAUUGGCCAGGGGGAAGAGUCCCUGGAGCCCUUUGGCUGUGACCACAAAGACGUUAGCGGUUGGAAAUCCCGGGUGGCCAGUCAUCGUCAUCAGAGAGCUCAUGCAGAGGAGAAGCCCUGUAGCCAUCAAGACUGUGGGAAAACAUGUGCCGCCAGCCCAGGUGGUCACCCUGGUGAGAAAAUCCGCCCUUCAGAGAAAGUAUACAGAUGUAGUCAGUGUGGUAGGGACUUCAGUGAGCGCUCAGAGCUGGUCCUGCAUCAGAGGGAGCACACUGAAGAAAAGCCCUACAGGUGUGAUCAGUGCGGGAAGGGCUUCACGAGGAGCUCGAGUCUGCUCAUCCACCGUGAAGUCCAUGCCGAUGAGAAGCCUUACAAGUGCGACAAGUGCGGGAAGGGCUUCACCAGGAGCUCGAGUCUGCUCAUCCAUCACUCAGUCCACACAGGGGAGAAGCCUCAUAAAUGCGACAAGUGCGGGAAGGGCUUUACUCAGAGCUCCAAGCUGCACAUCCACCAGCGCGUGCACACUGGCGAGAAGCCCUACGAGUGUGGGGAGUGCGGGAUGAGCUUCAGCCAGCGCUCCAACCUGCACAUCCACCAGCGCAUCCACACGGGGGAGAGGCCCUACAAGUGCGGGGAGUGCGGGAAGGGUUUCAGCCAGAGCUCCAACCUGCACAUCCACCGCUGUUCACACACGGGGGAGAAGCCGUACCAGUGCUACGAGUGCGGGAAGGGCUUCAGCCAGAGCUCAGACCUCCGCAUCCACCUGAGAGUCCACACUGGGGAGAAGCCCUAUCACUGUGGCAAGUGCGGGAAGGGCUUCAGCCAGAGCUCCAAACUCCUCAUCCACCAGAGAGUCCACACUGGGGAGAAGCCCUAUGAGUGCAACAAAUGUGGGAAGGGCUUCAGCCAGAGCUCCAACCUCCACAUCCACCAGAGGGUCCACAGGAAAGACCCCCACUAAAUGAGGUCUUCAAUCACAUGCUGUUACUCCAAAGACUUCAAUAUUUCUAACAUUACUCUUACUUUCACAUUCUCAGGAUAUAGUAAGAGUUAUUCAGAUAUGUUGCCUCACUGAAAGUCAUUCACUCAAGGGAUUUAAGUACCAGGCACUUUGUUAUGCUACACAGUGAAUUGAUUGUUGUUCUUGCUCAGUUGGGUAGAGUGAAAACGUCUGUGCUUUGCCAUUCAGCCAGUGUUACUAGAGCCGCAUAUCCUACCCAGCAUUUCUAAGUGCAAGAACCUUACAUUUGUCUAAGCAGAACGCGUUUCCUUUGUUCACACUCUCUGAGAAUCUGGGACUUUGGCUUUCUCUUCAAAUCCUGUGCCUUGUGUUUUUCAUAUUUCCCUUCCUGCCCCGAGUAGCCCUCUUUAAAUUAUGAUUGCACAAUAUGUUUUAACAUUUGCUAUAACCCCCAAAAGUCAUUUGCUUUUGCAACACUGUUAUUGAGCCACACUUGGGCCUUCUGGGCCGAGCAGAGUAAAGCCAAUCCUCUGACACCGGGCUGUAAAGGAAGUGCACCAUUUAUUGCAGGGCACCAAAGGAGCCCAAGCGGCUGGUGCUCAUCAGACCCAAACUGAUGGCUUUCAGAGAAACAUAAGGUGAGGAACAGGGGACUGUGGGGUGCAUGAUCAGCUCACGGACAUUCUUCUCAUUGGUUGAUGGUGAGGCAAUUAGGAGUCAAUAUCAUCAACCUUCAGUUUCUAAGCCAUCUGGGGUCUGCCUGCUUAUGGGCAGCAAACGAUUAACUUCUUGCAUCUGGUGGCAGUUUCAGUAUCUGCAAAACAGCUCAAAGGACAUGGCUCAGAAUAUUAUCUGUAUUCUAGAGGAAUUACCAGGUCCUUGCUUCACUUAAUGGCUAAACUAUUAUUGUUUUGCUUGGCUUUUUUCCUUUCUUUCUGCAUUUGCUCUCUUCUCUGAUUAAAUUUACACUCUGGAACUUGAGGAAGGCUUGGAGAGUAUGUUUUGAAAUGACAAGGCUUAAAAUAUGCACUCUAUCUCACAUAAUUCAAUUGGGGUGUGGUGCUAGGACACCUCAGAGGGUUAAGGAUCAUCUCCUAGAAGUUAAAACAAGAAGCUUGUAAAAUAGUUGAGAGAAAAUUGUUUUUUAGUGAAUAUAUAAGUAAAGCAGAAUAAACUAAUUGCAACCCUGAUUUUCUAAACAAUGACUGAUUCCCCAGCUGGUGCUUAAGAGGCUCCCUAGUCAUCUAUAGUUAUUCACCAGUGACUGGUAUCCUUACAUGAAACAAUGGUGGGGGAAAUAGAGAUGCAAUAUUUAUUACCUUGAGGAGGUGGGGUUAUAACUGGUACCUCCUGAUCAAAGGUAACCUGAAGCAGUUAACUGGACAUGGAUAACAGGAAAGUGACAUGUUAAAUUUAGAGGAAAUGUAGCUAAUGUCCAAUAAGAAAUGGAGGAAGGUGACAGAUUGAUACUUACUUCAAGAGGCAGUCCCAGAAUAUUUGACUCCAACUCAGAGGUGCCCACAUGGAAUGAUUAGGGUAGUGACUGAGCAUUUGCACUUUGGCAUUGCAUAAAACCCUCACUAGUCUGGGUACCAUAAGAUGGCAUCACAACUGAUGUGAUUCUGCUUUGGUGAGCGCUAGAAUUAUGAAUCCCUCCCAGUUUCUCCUGGCCUCAUAAGAUUAUAUGUGAACAUCUCUUCUGGACUUGA